GUUUUUUAUAAUUUUGUAGUUCCUGGGUAAAUAAGGAAAAAGGAUAAAACAAUGAAUUUUAUUUGUAGAUCAUUUUCAAACGUUUUUUAAAUCUAAUUUAUCGAUGUUUCUAAUAUUUUUGUUUUAAUUUUGUGUAGAAAUGUUUGUUCUUUGAAUUAACUUUUUGACAUUAAAUUCUUACAUACAAUCGCACAGCUGUUUGUUUCAAAAUGAAAGCGAAUAGUUAAGGAAGUAUCUUGGAGAUUGUGGAGUCAUACUUUUAUGCAAUGAUAUAGUAUAAUGUUCGUGUUUUAGUGUACAAUAAUACGAUUUUGUGUUCCUUCGACGUAAAAGAACGUUCAUUUUGGUGAUGUCAUGAAAUUUUAUUGAAGAAAUCGACAUCUCUUCAAAACAGCUGGCCUUUAAUGGUCAUUUCUGCCAAAAGAGAAUAUGGACCGUAAUAUUUGCUACAUAGACAUGACAGCAGUUCUCCCGAAGUUUCCCAACUCAUUCAGGCCUGUAGUUGACACCUGGAUGGAGAAGCUGGAGAAGGGAAUUUUAUCACCGACUCAUUUCAAAGACCACUGGCGUGUGUGGGUGCCGAAGAUCUACAGCCCGGAGCCGAAUGGCAGUUGCCUGGAGGGAGCGGCCGACGAGGACACGGCGAAGGAGGUCCUGUACGACACGCUGGAGCGCUUCAUCUGCAACGGGGACCCGCAGGAGGUGCUGAGCAAGCUCAGCAAGAUAAACAGCCCUCCGUCGGUGUGCUGCCGGGUGUUCAAGGUGGGGGAGCCCACCUACAGCUGCCGGGAGUGCGGCAUGGACUCGACGUGCGUCCUCUGCGUGGACUGCUUCAAGCAGUCGGCCCAUCGCUACCACAAGUACAAGAUGGGGACGUCCGGGGGCGGGGGCUGCUGUGACUGCGGCGAUACGGAGGCGUGGAAGACGGAGCCGUUCUGCGACAUCCACGCCGCGAAGCUGGAAGGGAGCGCGGAGCCGGUCAAGCUCCUGCCGGACGACGUCGCGGAACGCGCGCGGAUCACGUUCGCGGCCGUCCUCAAGUACGCCUACGACCUCCUCACGAUGGAGCACUCCCCGGGACUGCCGGCGGACCUGUGCCUGAAGGAGGUGGAGAACGACCCUCUGGGCUUGCUGGAUCCUUCCGACACCUACUGCACGGUGCUGUUCAACGACGAGUCCCAUACGUUUGAGCAGGUCAUCAAUACACUGAACAGAGUCAUCAAGUGUACCCAGAAAGAUUCUAUAGAGUUCGUGACAAACGUUGAUCGGGAAGGCAGAGCAGUUGUGAAGUGUUCGACGUUCAAGCAUUGUAACGAGUUGAAGUCGGACAUUGAGAAGUUCACGUCGCGUCAUGGUAACCGGGCUCUAAAGGUUCUGGUGGUUCACGCGCAUGUCAUAGCUCAUCAGUUGUAUGCCCUGAAAUUACUUGAAUGGCUGCAGAAAAUUUUAGGGUACUGUGAAGGUUUUCGAACACUGUUCAGCCAAGUGGUUCUUCAGUCGAAUUCCCCAGAUGCUUCGAUAGUGGAGGGAAUACUCAUGCGAGACUCACAGCUUUGGAAAUCUGCUCGCACUCAUUGGCACCGUCUCAUAAUACAUGGCAUGUUGAUGGAAUACGAAAGUAAGAAAGCUUUUGCUCAAGUUUUCACCAAGCACUACGGUUCGGUUCUCAAAGAUUUCAUGAGAGAUGAUCACGACCAUUCGUUCUCCAUCGCCUCCAUGUCAGUUCAAGUUUUCACGGUCCCAACACUUGCUCACCACUUGAUUGCACACGAAGAUGCGCUGUUCAAGCUUUUGAACACGUUCAUGUCGGAAUGUUCACGGAAGUGCAACAGUGAAGGAAAACUAGAGUUUGAGAGAAACGUCCCAAACGGCACUUUCAAACGAGCACUCUUCAUAAUUUACGAUCUGCGGUAUCUUUUGAGCUCGGUGCCUACCGUGUGGACGGAUGCACUUCGUAAAGGGUUUCUGCAAGGGAUAUCCUGGCUCCUCAACCUGUUGACGAUGAUGCAGGGAAUGGACAUGGUGACCCGACAAGUCGGCCAGCACAUGGAGUACGAGCCGGAGUGGGAGUCGGCCUUCAACCUGCACAUCAAGCUGUCGCACGUGAUAACGCUGGCCCUGGAGUGGUGCGGCACGGACAGAGUGGUGCUGAUCAAGGCAUACCGCGCAACCCUGAAGAAGCUGCACGAGAACCCCGGCAUCGACAUGUCCCUGGGCGUGGAGGUGCGUGAGCUGGCAGACCACACUGUCUCCUGCCUGCAGUACGACGUGGCCACGCAGCCGAUAUCGAUCCACCUUCCGCUGUCGCGCUUUUUGGCCGGCCUUCACGUGCACUUGGAGAAGUUCGGGCUCAACUUCUGCAGCUCUGAGUUGCAGAACAUUCCCAAGCCGAACCCGGAGCAGCUGAUCGAGCCGGUUCUCAGGACGCACGUGAUGAUCGCACAGGUGCACGCUGGGAUGUGGCGACGGAAUGGCUAUUCCUUGUUGAAUCAGCUGUACUUUUAUCACAACGUCAAGUGCCGCUCGGAAAUGUUAGACCGAGAUGUGGUUUUGCUACAGAUUGGCGCGGCACUGAUCGAAAGUAAUGAAUUCCUCAUUCACAUGCUUAACAAAUUCAAUCUCCUCAACUGGGCCAAUCCUCUUUUCGAGCAGAAUGCUUUGAAGAACCCGGAGGAGGACAGCAUGAGGCAGACCAUAAGUCUGGUGGAAGAGUUCCUCGGCCUGCUGAUCGUGAUCGUCGGCGAACGACACGUUCCGGGAGUCGGCCAAGUCACGCACGAAGACCGCAUCAAGAAAGAGAUCAUUCACCAGCUGUGCAUCAAGCCUCUUUCUCACUCCGAGCUCAACAAAGCUCUUCCGGAGGACGUGAAUCGCGAAACCGGCAUGGAGCACGUCAUCGAAUGUCUUGCGGAGUUCAAGAAACCGAGCCAAGGAUCGGCGAAAGGUGUUUACGAACUGAAGCCAGAGUUUUUCGACCAGUACAACGUGUUCUUCUACCACUACUCGCGAGAGGAGAUGUCCAAGUCGGAGGAGGCCCAGCGCAAGAGGAAGAAGACCGCCGGUGAGCUGGAAUGUUGUCCUCCACCCGCUCUGCCUCAGCUGACGGAAGCGUUCAUGGUGAUGGCAAACCUGCUGCAGUGCGACGUCAUGCUUCACGUCAUGAAGAUAGUCCUGGAACGCAGCGUUAAUCUGCGUGCCCGCAGCUUCUCGGAGGCACAGCUCCACAAAGUGUUGCAUCUCAUAGGGUUUGCUCUGCAUGAAGAGGAGAAGCAGCACUGCCAGUUCAUGAGGUUCACAGAGCGGGCAGAGAAAUGGGGGAUUGAGAAGCUGAUUGAGGAGCUUGUGAGCAGUGCGAGGGUAGAAGCACACAAGCAUCUCUUGGCGUGGGUGCUGGCCAAGUUCCGCCAGGUGGCUGUGCACAACCGCGGAGUCCCGAUGAAGGAGCCCGUGGAGGUUAAGGAAACAACCGUGCAGAGUGAGAAUGCGGCUCAAGAGGAGAAAGAGUGGAGGGCAAAAAUGGCAGCUCAGAAACGAGCCAAAAUCAUGGCGCAGAUGACUGCCAUGCAAAAAAACUUUAUGAAAGAAAAUGCCAAGCUGUUUGAAGCAACACUGUCAUCAUCUGACCAGACUAUUGAUUUAACUGGUUCGACCAUGGAUCUGUCGGAAAGCUAUGAAGAGACCCCGGUCGCUGUGGGGCCCAACCAGACGGCAAAACUGAAUGUGGAGCGAGCGUACACGUGCAUCUUGUGCCAGGAGGACCAGACAGUGCGUGCGGAUGGCCCCGCGCUUGUGCUCGCGGCGUUCGUGCAGCAGUCGACCGUGCUGUGCCAGAGGCGAGGUGGCGAAGUGGUGGAAGACACGAGCGAGCCCCUGUUCCUACCUGCUACGCUGGGACCCGCCCCGUACACUGGGACGUGCGGUCACGUCAUGCACAGCCACUGCUGGCAGAAAUACUUUGACAACAUCCUCGCGAAAGAGAGUCGCAGGCCUUACCGUUCCCGCCAGCCCUCGAGCUUCGAUGUGGAAAAGCAGGAGUUUUUGUGUCCAUUGUGCGAAUGUUUGAGCAACACGGUUUUGCCGUUGUUGCCGCCGUUGGGUACUCUACAAACUACGUCAUCAGCGGUCAACACCCUAACGUUUGAAAUGUGGAUUCAGGCCAUUAAAAUUGCCUUAAAGUACAAAAGAAAGAUACCAAACAAUGCAAAGAAGAGCCAAGGAAAGAGGUCUUCCCCUAGAUUACAGAAUAGGGAGAAAAGUCCCGAUGAUAGCGCCGAUGCUGCGGCUGGUGAAGGUAGUGCAGAGACUCAUUUGAUGGAGCAGUUGUUCUACACUUGCCCAAUUGAUCAAGUCGGCAUUGAAUUGGGAGAAAGUGGCAAGCCGUACAUGGAAGCAAUUUCUUCUACGGUGGCAAACGCGCCCAUGUUGUCCGCCAACAUGUCUGACAUGAUACUACUGUACUCGCAGGCGGCUUACACGAAAGGGCUCGGUGUGCAUCCCCACAUGGACAACUCCAGAGUCCCGUUGCUUGCUUGGAAGUCGUGUGCCUACACGAUACACUCGAUAGAGAACUUGCUGCGAGAAAUGAAGAAGCCCUUGUUCGGGGAACUGUCGUGCAGACAACAGGACUGCCUGGAGAGGCUCGUACGCCUGGUCGGCGUCCUGCCCCUGUCUUGGAACCAGCACAACGUCAUCACCAGCCACGCGCUCCGGUUGUGCUCCAUCGUUUUUGAAAACUCCUGUGAUGGUCCCUGCUUGCUGGACUGGGACAGUUUCGGGAUCCUGGUCCCGCUGACGCUGGCCCUGCCGAGUUUGCUGGAGAGCGAGCAGUCGUCUCGCAUCCCGACGGGCGGGGUGCAAGAGUGGUACAUACUCAGAGUCUUGUUCUUGGCGAACGUAGUCAAGAUCAUGCUUACUUGCGAUUUCAGCGGAGGAAUCCUGCCGAUGGACGUAGACGGGGAGGAAGCGCAGAGCUCUGUCUCCGCCGUCACGGACCUGCUGGCCACGGUGAGGAAGGAAGCCGGUCUCGACGCGCCGAGCGACGACGUCGACGCGAACGCAGUGUGGCUGCAGGUGAAGGAGACCAGCGUGCCGUUCCUGCGGUGCUGCGCGCUCUUCUUCCACUUCCUGACCAACGUGCCGGUCCCGGCGUGCCUUCGGGAGCCAGGCGGCGACACGUACGAGAACCUGUGUGCGUACCUGGGCCUGCCCGGCGGCCUGGGGGAGCUGGCGUCCGGCCCCGCGGCGAGGGAGCUGGUCUCGCGCUGGUGCUCGCACGACAAGGUGCGGCGCCGGCCGGCGGGCGCCAGCGGCGUGCCCCCGCCCGGGCCCGGCCCCGCCCCCAACCGCCUGGUGGAGCUGCCGGCCGACUACAGCGAGCUGAUCAACGCCGUGUCCACCUUCGCCUGCCCCAACUCGGACCACGACGACUCGCGCAACCCCACCAUGUGCCUGGUGUGCGGGGCGAUGCUGUGCUCGCAGAGCUACUGCUGCCAGACGGAGCUGGGCGGGGCCUUCGUGGGGGCGUGCAUGGGCCACGCGCACGCCUGCGGGGCAGGGGCGGGCGUGUUCCUGCGCGUGCGCGAGUGCGAGGUGCUGCUGCUGGCGGCCCCGGGGCGAGGCUGCUUCAUGCUGCCCCCGUACCUGGACCAGUACGGGGAGACUGACCAGGGCCUGCACCGCGGCAACCCGCUGCGCCUGUGCCCCGAGCGCUACCGCAAGCUGCACCUGCUGUGGCUGGGCCACGGCGUGCACGAGGAGAUAGCCCGCGCGCUCGAGUCCAGCAACAGCAUCCUGGCCACGCAGUGGCAGCACCUGUAGGCUUGCAUUCAACAAUGUCUGUACAAGAUACUCUCCUUGGCUUUUUUUUUAAUGUAGUUUAGAUUGCGACAUGUCGAGAUUUUUGGUUUGGUUGCGCGAGUCUGCACGAUUACUGUGACCAUGCUUCUUAUGCAGUGGAUUUUGCGUCUGUUUCUUGGUUGACUUUCAUGGAGCUUCUUUUAGAUGCUGUUGCCGCAAUGAGUCGGAAUUUCAGAGAAAGUGACGCUCGAUAUAAACUUCAUUUAGUCCUUAGGGAAUGUGUUUGUUUACUUGUCAGAUGGAAUUGUUAUCUCAGGCUAUUUUUUAAACACUUAUAUUUUUAAUAUUUAAUCACCAAUUAACUUUUUUUCAGUAAUUGCAUUAAAUUAAUUGUAAUGCUUGUUCGUAUCAGGCCUGUCUGAAAAUUAUCAAAUUCCUUAUGGUUUGUACUCCUUCUUAAUUUCCUUGAUUUGUCUUUAAUUGAACAAGGGUUUUUAUAAGUUCUUACAUUUCACUACGAUGCUUUAAAUCUCCUAAAUAAAGACUGAUAGCUUGCAAGUAACAGAUAAAUGCAGAAAUUUUAUUGUUCUUUUAUUUCUGACUUGGCAGAAAAUAACGCUGUCGCAUACCCAAUACAAUUGGCGAAUUUUAUAAGUAAAAAAAAAUAUCUUGAAUUAUUUUUUUUAUAUCUCACCUUUAAACUGAAAUCUUGUGUUUACUAUCUUUCUUUGACCUUGUAAAGUAAAUGAGAUCAAAUUAACUAUUAGGGCAUAAAAUUUCAGAUCAUACUAUGAAUGGGUUAAAUAUGUGAGAUAGAGAUAAUUAUGGAUAAUAGGGGCAUGUCUGUAAGAAUUUAACUAACCAAAUGGAUUUUUUUUACAUCAACUUUUUAAUUUUGUUAUUUUCUUGAGGAAUUUUGUGUUAUUACAAAUAGUUUUCUACCUCAUGAUAGUUGUGAAAGAGAUAAAGUAAAGGUCUCCUUAAAAAGUCCUUUCUUUUUUAUUGCACGAGAGGGUAGGAAUCAUGACCUUAUUAACAUUAUAAAAUACCUGAAUUUUAUCAAAUAUUUUUCUCCUAUUAUGUGAACACAAUUAUAUUUGUAGUGUGUUCACUAUUUUCUGUGAAUAUUUUCAUUUGUUGGUGAUUUUAAUAACUGGCUACGAAUUGUGUUCGGAAAGUAAGUAGAGUUGGGCUGUAUAAAUGUAAGCAGAAAUGUUAAAAUAAUUCAAAUUUUUUAUGCGAUAAGGUGCAACAACUUAAGAAAGUUUUCAAUUUGGGGUGAAUCUAAACUAUACGUCAAAACAUAUGCAGCACAUGAAGAGGCAGAAAUGUUGAAGAUCAUGGAGUGCGGAAAUACUUACGUUUAUUACUAGAGCCAGUACUGUGUGCAAGGCGAUAAACACAAGUCAUGAUGUAUGGAAUUACAUGUUCACAAUCAACCAUGCGUGUGGUGUGUUGUUUUUCCUGCACACAUGAUCGUCAGUAAGGAAUUCCACGUAACAGAAAUCCAGUGUUCCUAAUUGUCACACAGUAACUGCUUUAGUGAUAAACAGAAACAUUUCCAGACGUGCAUCAUCGACAUUUGUGCAUUGUCUACACAUUACAUACCUUUAUGUGUACUCAGUUUUGACAUGUAUUUUAAAUACAUCAGUAUAGCAUCCAUACAAUUUUACAUUUCCUCUUCAUGAUGUCUCCUUUCAAGUUUUGUCUAUAGCUGAUACACAAUGCUUUGUUCAGAAAAGUCCCAGAAAAUAAAGGAAAAUUACAAGAUAUGAGGUCACUGUGAAAUGUUUGUGCUUGCACGUAUUUCUACUGUCUACUCCACGUCAUUGACGCAAAGCUUCUUGCACACCUCUCUACACACUUUGUGCAUCCGUCUUUCAAUAAAAAAAUAUUUUUUUAACCUAUUAGUUGCAAUUUUAUUCUUUACUUCAUAUUCACCAAGCACAGAUAAAUUUCAGCAUGUUGCAUUUUAUUCUGUUUGAAAACUGAAUGGCUGAAAGUACAGUUCUUGAUGAUUGGCUGGUCUUUCAACUGUCACCAACGUAUUAUAAACUGACUUCCUGUCGUCUCGUAAUAACGUCAGAGACGAAGGAGCAAUGGUUGGAAGCUGUACUAACUUUCCGAACACAACUUGUAAGUACUACGUAGGAUGAAUUGCAAGUAUGGUACUGAAUAAAAGCUGUGUGAUGCGCAACCAAGAUGCAGACCUUUGUUAAUAAGUCAAGGUUUUAUUUUUUUGAACUACUUAUUUGAAACUAGAGAUGAUAUUUUAAUUAAAUAAUUCAAAUAACAUUAUUUUUUUAUUUUUUGCAUUUCUAAUUAAGAAAUAGCUUAGAAACAUAAUUACUGGACUAUGUAAGUAAAAAUUAAUGUAUUAUAUUAAAACAUAAAUUAAAUUAUCAGAUACCUAUUCUUAUUUAGGUGAGUGUGUUGUGUGCCUGAUUUUUCUGUGAAAUAUUUUUAGUUAUAAAAACAUUUUCUUUGGAAGUAAGAUUUUCUUCAGUAUUGUUAGUACCUACCUGUUCAUUUUCAAGAAAUUAUCAGGUUAAUUAAACUAUGGAGUCCACAUUUUUGAGAGUUUUAAACGUGAGGGCAGUAACAACACAGAUUACGUUGGAGCAAUGCUUAAUAAUCAAGUUCAUUAGUAUUUGGUUAGUCAUCAACAGGAAAGUGAACCCUUAAUUGUCUAUAUUAAAAAGCUGAGACAUGGUUUAAAGCAACAUGGUUACCAUACAUUCUAAUUUAGGGGGUAUCUUUAGCACAUGAUCCAUAAUACACACUGAUAGUCCGCCACUUCAGUUUUUGAAUGUAAUUUGCUGCUAUCUUGUGGUUGGUUGUUUUUGAGCAAAUAGCUUCCUAAAUAAAUUUGCUUGUUAAAUUUUUUUUGCCCGUGAUUUGGAUUUGUAUUCAUAAUGUUAGUUUGCUGCUGUUUUUACAUGGUUUUAUUUUUUUCCACACGUGUUAAAGACUGAUGUAUUUCAACCCGAACGUUAACAUUAAUUGUUUGUAUGUAGCCUUUGUCAUAAAAAGUAAAUUUUUAGAUUUUUCAGAAAAAUAUUUUUUUAGAAAUAUUCUUAAAUCAUGGGCAAAAAAAAAAACAGUAUUAUUGAAGUGAAAUAAUUCAGAAAUCUAGUCCCUUAAAUGUACAGUUUCAGGAGCCCCUACAAGAUCUACUUGUACCUUUUUGAACAUGUACGUAAUUUGCAGUGUGUCGAAAUUGUUGAUGUGGGGGUUUAGUUUUGUAUUCAUGUGUCAAUUGCCUGAAACAGCAUUUCGUAUAUAAAGGAUGCCCAGCAUGAGAAGGAAAAAAAAGUUAAAUAGGUACCUGGAAUUGUCAAGGAAUUUUAAAUUUCUGACAAAAAUCUUGGAUGGGCCUCGGAAUUAAUCGUUAUGUCAGGGAUAUAUCAAUGAAACGUUUAGACGAGGGUCAGUGUGUAUCGUUAACCAUUUAACUGUCUCAUGCAUAUUGUACUUGGGUUUAAUCUUGUUUGUUGCAAUGGUGGUAUGUCAAGUAUAUUUGAGCAAAGUUUGAAUUUGUAGCAAGCGAGUCUGAAUUCCAAUGGUGGUGGUGCCUCAGAAGAAACAUCACUGUGUGCGUUGUUUACAGUAUUUUGUUUACCGAAUAAUAGACAGUUUUGUCACAACAGCGAAGAAUCUGCAAGUAUUUUGGGACUUUAGCAGUUUUAAGAGAUGCAGAAAAAAAAAAUUUUAUUGGAUAAUUUCUAUGGUAAUAUUGCAGGAUUUAGUCAGUGAAAUUUAUAAAAAAGUUUGGAUAUUAAGCCAUUAUAAAAUUGUUGGUCCGCCAUAGGAAACUGGGAAAAAAUUGCAGAUUAGCUGUUUUUAGGAGGAAAAAAAAAUUAACUUAUGUGUUGAUGCCACAGAAGAAAUUAAGUUAGUGGAACAAAAACCAAUAUGCUUGCUUUAGUGUAAUCUGCUUCUGUUAUCGAACCGACUGUCAACUGUGAAAAAACUACCAUUGACAUAGAAGCAUGCUUCUGAUUGGCUGUGCAACUGUUAGUUUUGGUUAUUGGCUGGUGUUUAUUUGUGAUAGUUGUAGAUUUUGAUGAUUUUUCCUCAAAAUAGUUACUUUUGGUUAACUUAAGGGAACAUUAAUUUAUUCCAUGUUUUAUUGACUAAGUAAAGAGUCUUUGAUUUUUCUUUUAUGCUUGUUGCUUUCUGAGUAAGUACAUUAAUUUUUUUUUGUAAUUCAAAAUUCCCUGCAAGUUUCUCUAUUUUAUACAAUAGAGUCUCGAUUAACUGAGGUUCUGUUCCCGGAAAAGAUGGUUGAAAAAUUUGCUUGAGGACCUAGAAAAUGAUCUAACCAUUGACGAAUACCCUUAAGGGUGUUAUGUUCUGUGCUAGGUCAUUCAUUAUUUUAUUUUAACAGUUACGUGGUUAAACCUGCAAAUGUUUUGAGUGGUCAAACUUCAAAUUGCGUAAUAAGCUAGCAAAGUUGAAUUUUUAACAUUUUUGUGCAGUAUGAAUAAUGAGAACAAACUGGAAUAAAUAAAAAAAAACCUUUUUGUGUUUAAAGGCAAUGCUGGAUGCUACUGCAUGGCAUGGUUUAAAAUUAUUUUAGAAAAAUUUAUUUAAUUUUAUUUAACCCUGUAAAAUCAUAAAAAUUCUGUUGAUUUUUAAAUGCCAGGUAAAAUAAAAAAAAAAAUUCUGAAAGAAAUUAAACUAUAUCACAUAGCAGCCAGUAAAAUUAACUUUAAACCUAAAAUGUUCCAGUUAUAUAUUAAAUUUCAUUCUCAGUAUCCGUAGUGCACAAAAAGUUAAAAAAAUUCAUUUCUACCAGCUAGUUAUGCAAAAAGUAUGCAAUAAAUAAUUUUUUUUCAUUUUGUGAAAGUUCAGCCACUCGAAAAGUUGGCAAGUUUAACUGUGUCAAAUGUAAAUAUAAAGUAAUGACCUGAAAUGGGACAUAGACCCUUAAUAAAACUCACCUAAAUGAUGCACCUUACUGGCUGAACCAGACACAGUCAAUGGUCACUCAAAUGUAUUGUAGUUAUGUUUCUGCUCUCAUUUUAAAACCAUUUUUACUACAAAAACUAAGAAAAGCUUGUUUAGUGUAAUUUUAGAUGUUAAAACAUGUUAAAAGUGUAAUUAACAAACCAAAUCAUAAAGUAUGCUUAGUUUACCUCAAUUUUGAAUUCCUUAGAUGAUAACCAAUUAAAUGCUUUUAAAUGCACUUGCAUUAGAGUUCAUCCAAUACCUAGCUGAUCUAGUUUUGUAUAUCUGCUUUGUUGUUAAAAUUUUUUUUGUUAACAACCUUGUGAAUUAUAUGUGAUUUAUCAGUGUUAUCAUUUAAAUAUUUGUGCAAUUUUUUUCCAGUGUAAUCUGAUGAUGUUUGUUGUGCCUAAUGAAAGCUAGCAUCUCUAUAUAGUGCACUUGUAGUUGUGCUCAGGAUGUGCAACUUUUAACCGCACUAACUUUUAAGCGCUCGUUCACUGUUCCUUCGCUCACUUGUACAGUUAGUAGUUAGUGUAAAUAUGCAUUGCGUUGGCAGUAGUCUUUUUUGAUCUUUAACAUAGAUUAGUCAAUUUUUCCAGUGAUGUUUUAUUGUAUUACACAUAGGGUAGUCAUUUAGCAGUAUGGACUAAUACAAAUAUUUGUAUACCGUGCUGUUUUUUUUUUUUUGAUGUAGCUGUACUUCCUGGUGGUGUAGUUCUGAGUCGAGGUGACAAAGCUUUACAAAAACUUAGAAAUGUCGAGGAUGUCACCCUGGAAAAAUUAGUGUUUGUUGAUGAGAGAUGAGGGAGUAUUUUCGUGCAAUAUAGUCAUGUAAUAUUAGUGUUUGUUGUCAAAAUUUUAUUUCCCAAAAACAAAA